UUCAUCCUUAAUCCUUAUCCCUUUUUUCUUCAACUUCUUCCUCAUCAAAAUUCCUCUGUUUCAAUUUCUGCAACACUUCCCGACGAUGGAAUCGUUCAUCCUCCGUUCCAUUUCUUCGCCGUUUCUUCUCGAGGCUACGGAUCUUCGCCGGACUGGAUCCGCUUCCUCUUCUGCCGUUCGUUGUUCUUCCAGAAGCCAUGCUUAUAUUCCCAAGCUCGAGCCCUUCAGCCGGACCAAGCUCGACCGCGCCAUCAAGGAGCCGCCUCUGAUCGAGAAGUCUGAAAGCGAGCUUGCAGAUUAUUGUUCGACGUUGGAAGGAGACGACUCGUAUAGCUGUUGGAAAGCGUAUUUCGAGCUUAAAGAUCUUGAGAAAGAUUCGCCAAAACAAGAAGUGGAGAAACUGAUUCUCCAAGCGGGCGGCGUGAAAUCGCUAAUCGGAUGCUUACACGGCAUCGCAGCCAUACACAAGAGGAAGGGAAGCGAGAACAACGCUGCGAAGCCAUUGAACGGCGCGGAAGGAAGAGAGACAGGUUGUCCAAUACCAGAUGGAUUGCCCAAAUCCGCAGAGGAAAUGGAAGAAGAAGAGCGAGCGAGAAUGCCAGAUUCGCCAUUUACGAGAUUGCUGAGAAGCAAAGGUACAUUCCCUGCUUGGUAUUCCCCUGCACCCGAUCACGAAACAGAUUGAACACAAACAAACAAACUUUUUUUCAUGAAACUAGGUUUUAGUUUUGGCAGAUUGAAUUCGGAGUUAAUGAAUUUUCUCUGUAAAUAUUUGUUAUAUAAAAUCAGUGAUUAGAGGUACAGCCUUCUUCUGUAUAUGUAGUUUGAUGUCGGUUUGGUGUGGGUGUUAUAUAUAAAAAAACAAUUGCUAGCAACUUUUUAAGUAUUUGAGAUUGAAUUAUCGACUUUUGAAAUGAUAAUAUUAUUAACCGAGGCAGAA